GACCGCUCCAAAUUAAAGCUCCAAAAUUUCCCCGCAAACCAAAAAAAUCCAUUUUUUUUUAAAAAGGGAAAAAGAUCCACCUCGAAUUUCACCACCACCACCGGAGACGCCGUCGUUUGUCACGCCGGCGUUUCCGCCAAUCUGUCCGAACAUUACUUAUAUAAAAAAAUUUACAACGAAAAGCCAUGAAGCGAGGCUUCAGCUUUUCUGUAACCGUUGUCGUAUCGGCCAUCGUUUUCAUUUACUUUUGUACGGUCUUCGUUUUCAUUGAUCGUUGGUUUGGUCUAAUGACCUCACCUGGUAUCAUGAACGCCGUCGCUUUUACCGGUGUUGCCUUCAUGUGUGUCUUAAAUUACGCCUAUGCCAUCUUGGCGGAUCCGGGUCGGGUCCCAUCUUCUUUCAUGCCCGACAUUGAAGAUCCUGAAGUUCCUAUCCAUGAGAUCAAACGCAAGGGAGGGGACUUGAGAUUUUGCCAAAAGUGUUCUUGUUUUAAGCCUCCUCGUGCACAUCACUGUCGUGUUUGCAAAAGAUGCAUUCUGAGAAUGGAUCACCAUUGCAAUUGGAUAAAUAAUUGUGUCGGCCAUGCCAACUACAAGGUUUUCUUUGUCUUCGUUGUAUAUGCCGUGAUUGCUUGCAUCUAUUCCCUGAUUUUACUAGUGGGGAGCCUAACGAACGAUUCCCAGAAUGAUAAGCAGCACAGUGCAGAUACUUUCAGAAUCGCAUAUGUUAUUUCCGGACUGUUGCUAGUCCCCUUAAGUGUAGCUUUAAGUGUUCUCUUGGGUUGGCAUAUCUACCUUAUUUUGCAAAAUAAGACCACAAUUGAGUAUCACGAAGGGGUGAGAGCUAUGUGGCUCGCGGAGAAAGGAGGGACUGUCUAUAAGCAUCCGUAUGAUAUUGGUGCCUACGAAAAUCUAACAACGGUAUUGGGUCCAAGUAUCUUCUGCUGGAUAUGCCCAUUUUCAAGACACAUAGGUAACGGUCUUCGUUUUCGAACUGCUUACGAUAGAGUAUCUACUUCAUCAACAUCAAAAUGACAUAUCACUUCUUCUUUUUUUUCCUUUACAUUGCCUUGGCAAUAACGAAUCUUUCGAUGCUUGAGGGAUCGAUAAAUGCUUACCAUAUGAUACCCUUUUUAAGUUAUCCUACCACACAGAUGCUGUCACCUUGCAAAAAAGACCAUUACCAUCGUUACAACAACCGAUAAUCGUCGAGGAUGCAAAAAAAGGGUCCUGUAAGUUGACAGUUAAACCAGGCAAAGCGGUACUAAAUUUAGAAAUAGGAUUUGGUGGGGUUUUACUCUUCUUUUUGUUUUGGUUUUUCCCUUCUCUUACCCUUUACCCUUUUUGGAGCUUAUGGUUUGUGUAGGUGGUUUAAUGGUAGGUUUUGUAAUUUGACACCUUGUUCAUAAAGAAGGCAUCAUUGUAGAUGUGAUCAUAUGCAAAUCAAUAGGCAACAAAGUGUAUCAAUCAUGUAAAAGAACUGUAAAAUCCUUUUUUAACACUAAUAAAAGUUUCUCAAGGUGUUUUUUU